AACUUUUGUCAUAAUGUAUCACAUUUUACUCAUUACUGUAUCACUAUCAACUACAUUAAGUCACAUAUUCAGUUUUCAAGAGUCUGUUUUCUUCUGUUCACAGAUUUACCCACAUCUACACUGACUGUGACACCAGACAGUCCUGUAUUCACUGGAGAGACAGUCAAUCUGAAGUGUGUGAUAAAGUCUGAUCACAGUAACUGGAGAUAUGAGUGGUAUAAAGGCAGCACAAACAACAGAGUAAUGUUACAGACGUCUGAUCAUUACACUGUAAACAGAGACACUCUCAGUAUCAGAGUAGUGAAUGAGUCUGAUCAGGAUCAGUACUGGUGUAAAGGACAGAGAGAUGGAAGACCACAAUCAUCACAUUUCAGCUCUGCUGUUGAUCUCACUGUGAAGGUGAGACCAAAACCUGUAGUGAAGGUGACGCCAGAUCAGCGUGUGUUCAGAGGAGAGACAGUCACUCUCACAUGUGACAUACAGGGAGGAGGAAACAUUCAGUGGACAUACAGCUGGUUUAAAGAUGGUUCAGUCAUCAGACACGUCACUGAGAGAGUCUACACCAUCACAUCUGUGUCUGAUAGUGGUGAAUACAGCUGUAGAGGAGAGAGAUCAGACUCACAGAGAUCAGACAUCAGUGCUGCUGUUACACUGACUGUAUCAGAUUUACCCACAUCUACACUGACUGUGACACCAGACAGUCCUGUAUUCACUGGAGAGACAGUCAAUCUGAAGUGUGUGAUUGAGUCUUACAGUAACUGGAGAUAUGAGUGGUAUAAAGGCAGCACUAAAGUGUCUGAGCAUCACACUGUAAACAGAGACACUUUCACUAUCAGAGGAGUUAAAAAGUCUGAUGCGGGUCAACCCAAAGGACAGAGAGAUGGAAAACCAAACUCAUCACAAUCAGAGAGACCAAAACCUGUAGUGAAGGUGACGCCAGAUCAGCGUGUGUUCAGAGGAGAGACAGUCACUCUCACAUGUGACAUACAGGGAGGAGGAAACAUUCAGUGGACAUACAGCUGGUUUAAAGAUGGUUCAGUCAUCAGACACGUCACUGAGAGAGUCUACACCAUCACAUCUGUGUCUGAUAGUGGUGAAUACAGCUGUAGAGGAGAGAGAUCAGACUCACAGAGAUCAGACAUCAGUGCUGCUGUUACACUGACUGUAUCAGAUUUACCCACAUCUACACUGACUGUGACACCAGACAGUCCUGUAUUCACUGGAGAGACAGUCAAUCUGAAGUGUGUGAUAAAGUCUGAUCACAGUAACUGGAGAUAUGAGUGGUAUAAAGGCAACACAAACAAUCCAGUAAUGUUACAGACGUCUGAUCAUUACAUUGUAAAUGGAGACACUCUCAGUAUUGUAAACACUAUUACAUCUGAUCAGGAUCAGUACUGGUGUAAAGGACAGAGAGAUGGAAGACCACAAUCAUCACAUUUCAGCUCUGCUGUUUAUCUCACUGUGAAGG